CGGACAUCUUCUACGCCGUUGACUUCCGACACCGGAAAAGGGAUUCGCAUCAACAUGAACAAACAGCUCCGCAGCUGUCACCGCAGCUCGACACUGACUCGUACAUCGCAAAGAACUUGAAUUGAAUGGUUUAAUUAAUCGAGUGCUUCAGUCUGGUGUGUGUGUAUCGUCUGCAGUGUGUGAUGCAGCGCAGGUUUCCUGUCAGUCCGUCGCUCAGUGAGUGUUUCUGACAGAGAUAACGGAGGUAACGGCUCACGGAUGAUGAUCUGCAGCGGAGACAGUGAUGCGCUCACAGCUCACACCUCAAGCAGGACUCGUUCGUGUCUGGAUAAUGUCUUAUAGUGCGUCAAAUAGUUUCUAACACUUGAGUUCAUAGGGACAGAGCGAAACAUGGACACUUUCCUGGACUUCGAGGAGUGCAUCAGAGACUCUCCUGCCUUCAGGCAGUCUCUGGAUAAAUGCGAGAGUGAUGUUGCAGAACUGGAGAGUCGUGUGGAGAAAGUGAUGAAGCUGUGCGGUCAGAUGGUGGAGGCAGGUCAGAACUACACCUCCUGCAAUCAGCUUUUCCUAUCCGGCCUGGCCGAGUUUACGGCAUAUCAUAAGAGCGACGGUGUUAUUCUGAAUUGCUUGCGUCAGUUCAACCAGGGGCUGCAGGAAAUGAUCCAGUUUCAGACGAUGCUGUUUGAUCAGACUCAGAGAGCCAUUACCCAGCAGCUCACAAACCUGCUUUCACAGUUUAUGCCGCAGAUUCGCGACACUCGCCGUGAGUUUGUUCGGAUCGGAGAUGAUCUCGAUGCUGCUGUUGUGAAAAACGCUCAGGUCGGUCGACACAAACCUGCUGACGCCGAAAAAGCGACUCACCUGCUGCUCGCCACGCGCAAAUGUUACCAGCACUUCGCCCUGGACUACUGCCUGCAGUUAAAUAAUUUCAAGGUCCAACAGAAGCUGGAUAUUCUGAAUUCGGUCUUCUCGUAUUUUCACGCUCAGUACACGUUUUUCCACCAGGGAUUCGAUUUGCUGAGAGAUCUAGAACCGACCAUGAAGACGAUGGCCUCGCAGCUCUCUCAGCUGUCGUCUGACUGCACUGCUAAGAAGAAAGACCUGGAGAACACACACCUGCUCGUCCAGCAGAGGGACGCAUCUGGAGAAGCGGUUAUUGUGUGUAAUCCGUCUGAUGGAGGAACGAUUAAGGGCUACCUGUUCAAACGCUCACGCAAGAAGAACAAGACCUGGAAGAGGUGCUGGUUUUCCACUGAAAAUAAUCAGUUAAUCUACUCAAAAUCGCACAAGGAGCAGCCGGUGGUUUUGUUCGAUGAUCUGCGUCUGUGUGCGGUCAAAUCUCUGGAUGUGAUCGACCGCCGUUUCUGUUUUGAGCUGCUGUCGGUGCAGAAGUGUUGUGUGUUACAGGCUGAUUCGGAGGAGCUGAAGCUGGCGUGGAUUAACGCUGUUCAGGGCUGUAUAGACUUGGCAUAUCGAGAUCAAUUAACAGAUCAAAACACUCAGGUGAAGGAGAACUCCACCCCUGCGCCUGUUCCGGAGCCGCCCCCUCACCCCCCUGCUCUGGGUGUGGCUCUCCGCGGCAACGGUAACCAGCGCUGCUGUGACUGCGGGGAGGCGGAGCCUCGCUGGGCCAGCGUUAACCUCGGCAUCACCAUGUGCAUCGAGUGCUCUGGGAUCCACAGGAGUCUCGGCGUUCACCUGUCCAAAGUUCGAUCGCUCACUCUUGAUUCCUGGGAGCCGGAACAGUUAAAGCUGCUUUGCGUUUUGGGUAAUGAAGUCAUUAAUGGCAUUUAUGAGCGUAACCCAGCAGAUGGACUGCAGAAGCCCAGCGCAGACAGUUCACGGCAAGAUAAAGAACAGUGGAUCCGGUUUAAGUAUGUGGAGAAAAGGUUUGUGACACGUGAUCCUGAUGGUCCUGAUCCUGAAACGGUAAAACUGCGGGCCGGUGAGAGGCUGUAUGAGGCGUCGCUAAGCGGUGAUCUUGUUGCCAUGGCGACAACGCUGGCAGAGGGUGCGGAAGUAAACUGGAGUAAUCCUGAGCGGGAGGGACGGACGGCUCUGAUUGGUUCAGCCAUCGGGGGCUCUCUGUUGGCAUGUGAGUUUUUGUUGCAGAACGGCGCUAAUGUGAAUCACAGGGAUCAGCACGGACAGGGAGCUCUGCACGCUGCCGCCACCUACGGACACACGGGGCAGGUGUGUCUGCUGCUCAAGAGAGGGGCCAAUCAGUAUGCAGCUGACGAAAAGGGAAACGAUCCACUCAGUAUCGCCAUAGAAACCGCCCACGCUGACAUUGUCACUUUGUUAAGAAUGGCUCGAAUGAAUGAGGAAAUGAGGGAUUCAGAGGGAUUCUUUGGAUCUGUUGGAGACGACGAAACAUUCCAGGAUAUUUUCCGUGAUUUCAGUAACAUGGCGUCACACGACCCGGAGAAACUCUCUCGCCGUCAGUUCCUCCGCAGCUCUGAGAAUGAGGAACGCGACGAAGAGGAGAAAAAUUAAAUGAAGGUCAUCAUAGGUCAAGGAAGGUCAGAGGUCAAGUGAGGUCAGAGGUCACGCUGCUACACUUUGGGACAAGGGAAAACGCAAAAGAGGGAAAUUACAACGUUGCAACUAUUAAAAGCUAAACAUCUGCUCCGAAUCUCUUAAAGAGAAGCUGGACGCAACGCUGAGCGUGUGAGAGCUAACGUGACUGACGCUCAGUAUUAAAGCCUGUUUUAGUGUAUGUGUGUGUGUGUGUGUGUGUGUGCGUGAGGCGAUCCGGUCCAACUCAUUUCAUCCACACUGACUGCUCUCCUGUUGAUUUUAGGCUGUGCUCUUGAUUUUACUAAAGGCUUUUGACACGUUUUAUAUUGUGCUGCAGUAAAACACGGUUCUACACUGAACUCUGAAGGAAUUUCACACUUGCAGUGAAUAUUUAGGAUAUUAAAGUCAACAUGAAA